AUGAACGAUCAGGUUGAGAAUCUCAGUAAAGAAUUAGAUAUUUCCAUCGACAUUGCCAAUGCUGUCAAUAAAUCUUUGAAGGAGACCAACGUGGACCCGACGUUUAGGUCCAAUACACCAAUCCAGUCUCAAUCAGAAGAUUCUAUCCAGGGCAGCGAAACGGCUGAUAAUACAUCGUAUCAAUUGUGGAAUCACCAUUACGUUGAAGCGCCCUCUGCGGCAGAUAACUCCAAUAUAACGGAAAUAUUGGAGGACUGGAAUUUCAUAGACGAUAAUGUGAGAAAUAAGAGACGCACGAGCAUGGAGGAUAUUUUCAAAGUGAGGCACUAUUUGAACCCGAGAUCCUCUUUCACUAAUAGCGGUACGAAUUCUAGGUGCUGGGUCACUAUAAUAACUCAAAUGGCGGAAAUAUCGUGCGCAAUCGCUUUAAAUUCAUCGCUUAGGGCGCAUGAUUCUAAGUUGAUCCUAUGCGUUGUGAUACCAAAAGAUUGGAACAUACCACUCCCGCAACUACCGUUUCUGACAUUUGUAAAGCUGCCCAAAGUCACGUUCGCCGAUAAAGAAUUGACUCUCUUGACACUUUGGAACCAUCUAGAUUACGAGUUCUGUUGUUUCCUUUCUCCGUUUGCCAUUUUACAAACUAAUAUCGAUGAAAUGUUGCUAAAUGAUGAGAUUUUUCUAGAAAUCGAUAACGAAACGUGUGUUUUCUUAACUAACGAUACUUAUCAGAGGAAAGAGGACAUUGUUUUCCUUUUAUUUAAACCCAGCGUGGAAAUUGGCACUGCGGUGGAUGAGUUCUUGAAGGUUUAUAGCGGCGACUCUGCCAAAUUAGCACAACUACAGGAAACUGAUCCAUACGAUGCUUUAAACACCUUAUUUGGGGAAGCAUGGGGAUUCGUAGGUAGAGAUAUAUGCCAAACACUUUAUGAUCCCUCACUAUCAUCAAAUGCAUCUAUUCUAAACUAUAAAAAGUUAGAGCCAUGGAAAGGUAAUCACUCAGGAAUCUGUCAGUUAUGGUGGGACAUGUAUAAAGGUGAUAACUGA